AUGGCGCUGGGCCGCAGCGGCGUAUUGGCCGCUUUCUCGCUGGUUCCGAGGCGCUUGACGGCCACCGGGGCGGCGGAGGGCGCGGCGGCCCCAGAGAACGUGGUGCGCGUCCCCUGGGCCCUGCGGGUGCGGCUGCAGCGGGCCGCGCUGCGCCGGGAGCGCAAGAAAGGAGAGGCGGCAGCACCACGAACCGGGAAGCUGCUGCUGCGGAGCCGGCGGCCAGAGCUGAGCCAGCCCCGCUGGCAGACGGUGGGGCGCUGGGAGCAACCUCAGCUAGUGUCGGCAGGCUGGAAGCACAGGAAGGCCUGCGGGGACUACUUCCAGCUGGAGCCCUCACAGGCGGCGGCUCCUGCGCUGCAGGCUCCGCCGCCUGACGCGGGGCAGGGCCCAUCCUUUCAGGAGAUGGGGUUGCAGCCGGCGCUGAUAGCCGGCCUGGAGGGCCUCUCCAUCAGCCGCCCCACGGCGGUGCAGCGCAUCACGAUCCCCGCGCUGCGCCGCGGUAGGAGCGCCCUCUGCGCCGCCGAGACCGGCAGCGGCAAGACGCUGGCCUACCUGCUGCCACUGCUAGACGGGCUGCUCUCCCGCCCCGCGGAGCCCGAGGUGGAGGCGGCGGGGCCGGCAGCGCCCCGAGGGCUGGUGGUGCUGCCGUCGCGGGAGCUGGCGCUGCAGGUGUGCGCGGUGGCGGCAGCGCUUUGUCGGCCGGCGGGGCUGCAUGUACGCGGGCUGACAGGCGGAGGCGCGGCUGGCGGGCUGCGGAGGCAGCUGCGGGCCCCGCCGCCCGGCCCCGCCGUGCUGCUGGGCACCCCCGGGGCGCUGCAGGAGGCGCUGCGGCGGCGCUUCCUGGCGUUGGAGCGGCUGCGCUGGAUGGUGCUGGACGAGGCAGACACCCUGAUGGAUGACUCCUUCGCAGGGAUCCUGGAGGAGAUCCUGGCACACGCACCCCUGGCCGUUGGUGCACCCGGGCCGGCUGGCCCCGGGGAAGAGAGGACCCAGGUGGUGGUGGUUGGAGCCACAUUCCCCACGGGGCUGAGCCAGACACUGGGGAAGUUCACCGAUGUGGGACAGUUUGUCACCCUUGCCACCCAGAGCCUGCACCGCCUGCCACCCCAUGUCCAGCAGAAGUUUGUCCGCAUCAAAGGCCAGGACAAGCUGUCUGAACUGUUGCAGCUCCUCAAGGAGCACCCAGUGUCCAGUGGGGCUGUUAUUAUCUUCUGUAAAAGUGCCAGCACUGUCAACUGGCUGGGCUAUAUCCUGGAUGACCACAAAAUCAAGCACCUGAGGUUGCAGGGACAGAUGUCGGCAGCUGCUAGAGCUAACAUCUUUGCCUCAUUCCAGAAGGGUGACGUGUCUAUCCUUGUCUGCACUGACCUUGCCUCGCGGGGACUGGACACCAGCAGUGUGCAGCUAGUGGUCAACUAUGACUUUCCAGACACCCUGCAGGACUACCUGCACCGUGUGGGACGAGUUGGACGCGUUGGAAGCAAGACACCUGGAGCUGUGGUUAGUUUUGUCACCCAUCGGUGGGAUGUGGACCUUGUGCGGAAAAUAGAGACUGCAGCCCGGAAAAGGACGGGUCUCCCAGGCAUGGACUCCUCUUUUAAUAAGUCUUCACCUAGCAAGGGUUGAUUCAGAUUGCCAAGCAGUAAUACAUGGCCUAAGUGUGAAGUCAUUAAGGCAGAGCAAACGAGCUUCUGUGUGUAAGCUAGACUGGAAGAAUAGAGGAUUGAGUUCCAGAACCAGGUGACCAGGUUAACUCUGUGCAGUGUUACUGCAGCGUACUGGAAUACAAAAGGAAGUUUGUAAGCGAGUAGUAACAUAAUGCCUUUGAAGAAGACUGAAGAAUGAUCUCAUCAGCUGACUUUAUUUAUUUUUGUUUAGACUUCUAACUUAAAUCCAAAACAGAAUGAAAGCAUGCCUGUAUGAUGUGCAACUCUGUUGUGUUUCAUUGCUUCCCACCACCAGCAGCUAAACAUUCAUUGUUAAAGCUUUAAAAUUACUACUGUGGCAGGAAGGAAAAAGAAAAUAUUUCCCUAACUUAAGCGAUUCUAGAUACAUGUGGAAAGACUAAAGGACAAAUUGUAUCUGUUUUUCUUGUGAUGUAUCAGUUCAUUCAGAGAAUUCUAGACCAGAUGCUUCUUUAUCUUGUUUGGUGGGAACAAGAAGGCACAAUAAAGCAUGAGGCUUUUCCAGGGUCUUAAUUUGGCAUUUUAUAGUCGCUGAGAAAUGGGAUCUUGCUGCUUCAUGUUCUAUUAAAUUUUCUGAAAGCCUUUAAGUAUUUUCUGCACAUUGUUUCUGCAUGCUGUGAUGACAUGUCCAGACUGAACUGAUUGUAAAAACAAAGGAAACCACCCAACCCACCAAAAAAAAAGCCUCCUGUUAAAGGAAAGAAGUCAGGUUCUAAUUCUAACUCACAGGUUCUAAUGACUCACCUGUAACAGAGUGAGUACAAGAUUUCUUUUGAGUAUCUUGCCAUUGUUCUUUUUUGCUUUAAACCAAAAGGAGGUUAUUUUGUAUCUAGCUGCUAGUUUGUAUCCAUGGCAAUAAUCACACAGACCCAGCAUUUUAGUUCUGAUUUCUGUUGCAGUGAUUUGUCGCAGCUUUUAAUAGUUGUUUUUCCCAUGCUGUCCACUUUAGCCUGUACUAAAGCUCAGUAUGUAGAGAUAGUAAGCUGCUAAAAGAACACAGAACAUUAUCUAAAUAUUUGAUUGUAGAGGAAAUCAUGUUCUGGAGCUACUUGUAGUAUUCUGAGUAAAAACUAAACAAACAGCUUACACAUCAGUUAAGAAUAAGGCUGUAUAACCUAGAAAUUGUACACAUGUACUCUGCUCACAUUGUACAGUUAAGAGGCUCCUAGGGGAAGUUACAAGCUGUGGUAAAAUUAUGUCAUAUAAUAGAAAAUUUUCAAGUAGAAAUGCAGUGGAAGAGCAAUUCUCUCAGAGACUGGAAAUCUUCGUAUUUUGGACCAUGCAUUGUGUAGAUUACUUGUGUCUUCUGUAGAUCAUUUAACUGCAAAUCAGGCAGCUUUUGUGUCCACAAGCAGAACCUUACUGUUCAUGUGUAAGAGUAGGGUAAAAACUUAAACAGAAAUCUGGAGAAAAUCUAGUAUUUUAAUUUAAAAAUCAUAAUUCCAUUCAUUAAUAUGCGUCUCAUGUUGUAUCAGGUUCUCUGAACUGCUGAGAAAUAGCUUUCUUUAACUGUAGGCAUACAGAUUAAUUUAAGUGAGGUAAAUUGUAUCUGAGAAACUCACAAGUAAGAAAUUUUAAUAUUUGCUUGUCUGCUUUGGCCAAGAAAUUUCAGGCUGGCUCCAUCUCAAGCGUCAUAUAAUUUGGAUCUGAUCGUUUUCAAAGCUUCAGCACUUCACUGUAUUAGAAUAAGUUACUACCUGCUUCAUAGAGUGUCUUUCCUGAGGCAGCUGGUGAUGGUGACUGCUUCCUAGAAUAAUAGGGAGAUGCCUUUAUAAGUUUCUGAGGAAAGUUGUUGCUUGGGAUCUCUAAUGUCUGACUUUAAGUAUUUGUCUUCUUAUAGUUCUUAUAUUGGACUAAAUCAGUCAGUUCUGGCAAAGGUUUCCUAACUGUUGCAGAUGUGUACUGUAAUACUCUUCUCUAUUACAUAUAGUUUCCAGCUAAAUGGUACAACCAAAGUUAAUUACAGUUAAAUGAUAACCACAUAAGCAGUCACUUCUGACACGAUCUGUGGUUGAAUUAUGUGGCAGUGGCUGUUAAUAAUGAAGGUAUCUGCUUAAUUUGUAUUAGAAACUAAGUGGUGAUACGAGUAUUUUUUUGCUUGUGUUAAAAUAGGUGGAAGGAAAAUGGAAGGCAGGUUAACUUCUUAUAAAUUAUCCAGAUUAUAAAAGGCAAAGUGGGCAUACUUGGAACUGAGGUAUAAAAUACACAAGUUGAAAAUAAAUUAUUGAUAUGU